UACAUUUUUUAGAAUAAUUUUUCAGUGACUUACUGACUGUCAUGAGUGGGGAACAGUAGAAUAACUGAAAUAAAUUAUCAAUAUUUCAUUUUAUUAUACAUUGAAAAGAUGAACUUUAUCAUUGUUCUGGUAUUGUUCCAAAGUGUUGGCAUAAGUCCGAAACAUUACCUAAUAGAAACUAACAAGGAAACAGGGAAAAGAGGCAACACUGACUUAGUAGGAACAGAGCAGGAACAUGCACGAGGUACCAAUGGAACUGAUUAUUUCUUUGAAUUUUUGGCCUCAUUAUUGGGUCCUCCACCUGCUCCUCCUCCUCCGCCGCCCCCUCCUCCACCUCCUCCUCCACCACCAGGUCCACCAGGACCUCCCCUACCGGGUGCACCAGGUUUCCCACUAGAAGCAUUCCUCGGUGGAAAAGGCAAAGGAGGCGGAAAAGGCAAAGCAGGUGGAAAAGGGAAAGGGGUUGGAAAAGGUAAAGGAGGUGGGAAAGGUAAACUGGGUGGAAAGGGAAAGCUAGGCGGAAAGGGUAAGCUAGGUGGGAAGGGUAAAGGAGGUGGAAAAGGAAAAGGAGGUGUUGAAGGUUUACUGGAUGUACUAUAUACUUGAGGCAACCAGGGUCGGGGGACUGCAGCUGCAGGAUCAACCAUGGGUUUAUUGAAUUGUGUUUAUAAUUAAACUUUUUUUUACUUUUAUGAACAAUUACAUGUUGUUAAGAUUAUAUAAACAUAAGUUUAAUGAAUAGUAAGUUGGGCAAAGCUUACAGUUUACAUUGUCAAAAUGUAUGCUAAAAUGAUUCAAAAUUACAACUAUAGUUAAAGAUAUCAUUUUCCAAUUGUUCAUUUAAAACCUUUUUGUUUGUGAUAAAAUAAACUAAGUAAUCUGA